AUGAAGGAAAUAAAGAACUGUGUGGAUGUGCUGGAGAAGAGUCGCAUGUCUGUGCACCGUGUGGACAAAGUUUCACCUCAUCUUCUGACCUCAAGACUCAUCAGCAAACGCAUUCCAAAAAGAACACCUACGACGGCACGCACUAGAGAAGCCCUAUGUCUGCCCUCAGUGUGGAAGGAGUUUGCCUUUCUACGAUACCUUACAGAGCAUGAGAAAAUUCACACAGACAAGAAGGCCCACGUUUGUGACCUUUGCGGUAAGAGUUUUCGACGACGUGAGAAACUUCAGAAUCACAAGAGGAUACAUACUGGAGAGAAGCCCUAUGGUUGUGAUCAUUGCGGACAGAGAUUUGCCAGGUUAGAUGCGCUGAAAGUACAUGAGAAAUUGCAUACAGGGGAGAAGUCCUACCAGUGUAGUACCUGUGACAAGAGGUUCACCCAUCUUACAACUUGGAAGCGGCACGAGGUGACACAUACAGGUGUAAAAACUCACGCCUGUGCACACUGCGAACAGAGUUUUGCCUCCUCAAAUGAGCUCACAAUACACACAAGAGUACACACCGGGGUGACUCCUUACCACUGCACCCAUUGUGGAAAGGGCUUCAAACAAAAGAGCAACCUUGAGACACAUUUGAGAUCACAUAGAGGUGAAAAGUCUCACUACUGUACUGUGUGCAGUAAGGUGUUUGGCGCGUCACAAAGCCUGACCCAGCACAUGAGAACCCACACUGGUGAGAAACCAUAUCACUGCGAUGAAUGCGACUACAGCUGUGCAACGUUAGGUCCACUUCGUUCCCAUAAAAGGACCCAUACUGGUGAAAGACCCUACCAUUGCACAUCGUGUGACAAGAGCUUUUCUACUUUGCAAGCCCUCAGAGUACACGAGAGACUUCACACAGGGGAGAAGCCUUACCAGUGUACUGAGUGUGGAAAAUGGUUCAGGCAGUCAGGAAACCUUGGUCUACACAUGAAAACACACACUAAAAGCCUUGAGAAAUGAACUGGUUCUGGAGCCUUGUGAACUUCAAUGCAACACUGUGCAACUAUUUGGUAUUUUUGAGGUGUGUUUUUAUUGGCAAGUAGCUUUGGUGUAAACUCAAAUUCAUAUUGGGGGUGUAAGGUUAUGUGAAAGACGGAUACACACACCUAAUGUUCCCACUAUCCACCCAGGCUAUGCCUUAUGUAGUUAUGUGUUCUGUGACUGUGACCCCCCCCCCCUAGAGGGCAGUGCUAAGCACAUCACCAAAUGGCACUAGUGAACAUGUUAAACCAGCUUUAUACAGUUGGGCUGUUGUCGUGUUUGCAAGGUUUUUGCCUUUUUGGUUGUCAACUGGUAACAACUGGUUGUUAGUUUAAGAUAAACUCCUUACUGUAGUUUAAUGCACACGUUAAAGAGGGAGAAUGUGCAACGUGAGUGAGGAAAUUUGACUGUUUGUACUGAGAUAUUUGCUGCAACCUCUUUUAACUGACUUUGGGUAAGCCUAUUGAUAAUGCGUUUGUUGUUCUAAAACUAUUUACUUCUUUACAUUUUUAACCUUGUAGAGUCAUGUUAUUUUAGAUAUCUGAUCUUGAUUCUUGGGAGUCAGAUAUGUGCAUUAUUUUAGGAAAUGUUCACUUUUUAUCUCAGAUAUUCUCAUUAAUAUGUUUUUUGUGGAGGAAUGUCAGAGAGCUGGAGAAGGGAUGGUGGAGCGGACCUCAGACUAAUCUAUUUUCACCCCUAGGUUUGUUGUUUGUAACAUGAUUGUAUGUUCUGCCAAUUAAAUAUUGAUUGUUCAAUAAAA